AGGUGGAGUACGAAGAACGUAAACAGUCUUCUGGUGUGAACUUCGCAGUUGCCUGAAUAACCAGGGUUCAGGGGAAAUUAGAGAGAAAAAAAAAAAGAAGAAUGCGUAAAAGGGGAAAUAAAUUAAAUAAAUGGGAAGCAAAAAGAAAAUCUGCAACUCGCUGUAAUCUGAUUCCUUUGUUUCUUCCGCUACUCCAGUUAUGUCACGCGAGCUGCCUAUAUUGUAUCAGCCCAAUCAAACCCUAGUAUCAGGAUGAUCUUGUGAGUUUUUGGUUGUGGAGUUGUUUCUCUUCAUCACGAGUUGAAUUUUGUUCUGUCGUGACUGCUAUGGAUCACCAGCGAACAGCUUCGGGAAAUGGUGAUGAAAAUGCAGGCGUUCCUGAUGAUUUGCGAUGCAAGAGGUCAGAUGGUAAGCAGUGGAGAUGCACUGCCAUGUCCAUGCCAGACAAAACAGUGUGCGAAAAGCACUACAUUCAAGCGAAAAGGAGGGCUGCGAAUUCGGCUUUGAGGGCUAGUCUAAAGAAAGCAAAAAGAAAAUCUUUGGGUGAAAGUGAUGUUUACUUGGAGAGUAAGAGUGAUGAUUUUGAUACUCCCCUUGUGAAUUUGAAAAUCAGUGACUAUCAUGGUUCGGCCCCAACAAAGAAGUUGAAAGAGAAGGUGCCAAAAAGUCAAAUUCAGUAUUCCCCCGAUACUCCUCCAAUGAGGACUUCCUCUGCACGGAACUCUCUCAAGCCAAGUGAUGAUUCACAAAGAGAUGUUGGAUUUGAAGAGAGCUGGAAGUCAUACAAGACACCACCUGUUUCUACUAUGGAUUCAUCCAGGAACAGAUCACAGAGGAGCUUCGAUAAUAUGGAAUACUCUGAUGGGACUGCAGAUUCAUCUGAAGACACUGGUGGGCAGACUUGUCAUCAAUGCCGAAGGAAUGACAGAUGUAGAGUAAUUUGGUGUCUGAAAUGUGACAGGAGAGGAUACUGUGAUAGCUGUAUUUCCACGUGGUACUCGGAGAUCCCAUUGGAAGAAAUUGAGAAGGUCUGUCCUGCAUGCCGCGGUUCCUGCAACUGCAAGGUGUGUUUACGCGGAGAUAAUAUGAUAAAGGUAAGGAUAAGGGAGAUACCUGUUCUAGACAAAUUGCAGUAUCUUUACCGUCUACUAUCCUCCGUGCUUCCAGUAGUUAAGCUGAUUCACAAUGAACAGUGCUCUGAAGUAGAACUGGAAAAAGGGCUUCGUGGAACUGAAAUUGAUCUUGUUAGGGCAAAACUGAAUGCAGAUGAGCAGAUGUGCUGCAAUAUUUGCAGGAUACCAAUUAUUGACUAUCAUCGGCACUGUGCAAACUGUUCAUAUGAUUUAUGCCUUAGCUGCUGUCAAGAUCUCCGGGAAGUAUCUUUAGAUACUGCUAAAGAAGAAGUGGCUGAAGAUAAGAACAAUGGGAGAACCCAAGAGAAAAUCACGUUAUGGCAAGUGAAAGUACCUAAGCUAAAACUAAAAUUCUCGGAAAAGUUCCCUGGUUGGAAAGCCAAAACAGAUGGCAGCAUUCCGUGUCCUCCUAAGGAAUAUGGUGGCUGUGGCUAUACAUCAUUGAAUCUAAGCCGCAUUUUUAAGAUGAAUUGGGUUGCAAAGCUGGUAAAGAAUGUGGAGGAAAUGGUUAGUGGCUGUAAAGCUUCUGACAAUGACAAUCCACAAAACUUGGGGUCAAAUGAUCCGAGAUUUCGCCAAUAUGCUAACAGACAGGAUGGUGUUGCUAAUUUUUUAUACUGCCCAUCAUCUGAAGAUAUUAGAAAAGAAGGAAUUAGCAAUUUCAGAAAGCACUGGGCCAAGGGUGAACCUGUGAUUGUUGAUGAGGUAUGUGAAAUUUCCUCCAUUUCAAGUUGGGAUCCAGAAGUUAUUUGGAGAGGAAUACGGGAGACAGUGGAUGAAAAGUCAAAGGAUGAGAACAGGCUGGUGAAAGCUAUAGAUUGUUUGGACUUGUCUGAGGUUGAUAUUGAACUAGGUGAGUUCAUAAAAGGAUAUUCACAGGGACGAAUUCGUGAAAAUGGUUUACCAGAAAUGUUAAAGUUGAAAGAUUGGCCUUCCCCAAGUGCUUCAGAAGAGUUUUUACUUUACCAGAGACCUGAUUUUAUUAGUAGACUGCCGUUACAUGAAUUUAUCCAUUCCAGGUUGGGUCUUCUAAAUGUUGCAGCGAAAUUACCUCAUUACUCUCUGCAGAAUGAUGUAGGACCAAAGAUUUAUAUAUCUUAUGGGACCAAUGAGGAGCUUGGUAAAGGUGAUUCUGUGACCCAUCUCCAAUUCAAUAUGCGUGAUAUGGUUUACCUACUUGUGCACAUAUUUGAAACGGAGCUAAAUGCCUUAGAAAGGAUAAAAUCUGAGAAGACGCAGAAAUCCAUUGGUAAAUCUGAGGCAGAUAGGUCGCAUGCAGAGCCUGAAACAGGGUUAGAAGAAGGAAAUUUUCCUGAUUUAUCACUUCGAGGACCUGAUAUUCAGAGUGAAUGUGGGACAAACUCAGCUGCAGAUGAAGAUGAGAGAAUGGAGGAUCAACUGAUGGAUGCUACUUAUGUUGUCAAAGAGAAAACUCUUGACAGUGAGGUGGUAGAUGGAGGUGGUGAGCAUGUUCCGGUAAAGACUUAUCCUGGAGCUCAUUGGGAUGUCUUUCGCCGGCAGGAUGUUCCAAAGUUAAUCGAAUAUUUAAGAGUUCACUGGAAGGAUUUUGGGAAGCCUGGCAGUAUGAUAAGUGAUGUGGAGACAUGCCCUCUGUACGAGGAAGGCUUGUUCCUGACAGAGCACCAUAAGAGGAAACUGAAGGAAGACUUUGGAGUGGAGCCAUGGUCCUUUGAACAGCAUUUUGGGCAAGCUGUAUUUAUCCCUGCUGGAUGCCCUUUUCAAGUGAGACAUCUUCAGUCCACUGUUCAGUUGGGUCUGGAUUUCUUAUUUCCCGAGAGCAUGGGAGAGGCAGUAAAAUUGGCAGAAGAAAUUCGCUGUCUACCAAAUGAUCAUGAAGCAAAACUUCAAAUUUUGGAGGUAGGAAAAAUAUCACUAUAUGCUGCUAGUUCUGCCAUUAAAGAAGUCCAGAAAUUGGUGCUUGAUCCAAAACUUGGUGUGGAGCUUGGGUUUGAGGACCCUAAUUUGACUGCAGUAGUCUCUGAAAAUUUGGAGAUCACUAAGAGAUCACAGAUAAGUUGUGCUUGACUUUUUGUACAUUGAUUGUAAUUUUAGGCAAAAGUAUAAAAGCAGUGGCUCUUUGGGUGUCUGAAAAAUGUACAAAUGUAUUUCUAUGUAAUAUUGUAAUUAUUUCAUAUAAUGGAUGAUGUCCAAUUUUAGGUAUUGGGACAGCAUUUUUAAUUACACAAUCUUAUGUCUUUAUCUUCUUGUUUCUCUAAAUCUAGACAGUGAAAUUUUCGGAA